CUUUUGCUUCUUCACAGAAAAAAAGACUACAGGAUCAGGACUGAGGGCCUUGGCUGGAUUGUAUAUUUUUUCUAUUCCACCUGUGUUGCCUGGCUGUUUUCAAGUCAACUAAAUCUUUUGAUGGGGGAGAAUCUCCCAAGGGGGCCAGGAGGAGCCCAGCUCCACAAUGGCACUUUGAGAAAAGCUGUGCGGACUCUCAGGGUUAAGCUGGUAUUUCUGGGAAGUUCUGGUGUGGGAAAGUCAACCUUGGCACAACGAUUCAGCAAGGAUGAGUUCAGGAGCACAUCACCGACUGUAGGCUGUGCUUACUUGACCAGGAUGGUACAUCUGAGCAAUGUCACUCUUCGUUUAGAGAUAUGGGACACAGCAGGGCAAGAAAAAUACCACAGUAUCACUCCACUUUACUACAGAGGAGCCCACGCUGCUCUCUUGGUCUAUGAUAUCAGCAAAAGGGAAACAUUUAUAAGGGCUCAAGUGUGGCUCAAAGAGCUUGAGAAACAGUACAUCCCAGGAUCCACCAUCAUAUGGCUCGAGACAUCAGCCCUGUCAGGGGAUCAAGUCAGUGAGCUGCUGCUAGCUAUAGCCCACAGAGUAUACGAGUGCAUUGGAGAGCAGCAGGGAGGUCUGUCAGAGUGGCAGGAGACAUCAUUUGUGGAUCUGCAUCAUAGAGACACCUUCAGUCCUUUUGCAUCAUGCUGCAAAGUUGCACCCUAACAUCUGACUGUUAACUGUACUGCUGCCCAUCUUGUUUCACCCAGUUUGUCUUGCUUAUAGCAGUGUAUUCUUUCUACACAUGAAAACUAUGCUCAAACUUGUUUUUAAAACAUGAAAUGCUGUGUUAAAUAAUGGCCCUUAGAGUUUUUGUUAGGUGUCUUCUGUCUUCUUGUUCCAUGUUCUUCCACAAGAACAACGGACUUGAUGUAAACAGUAUGAUAAAAUCCUACAGUGCAGAAUAAUUCAGUCCACAGGAGGGUGUAGUGUGCUUUGCCCUUGAGUGGCGAGUGUACACUGAUACAUGGGACUGGGAGAGAAACCCUGUCACUGACCUCUAAGAAACCUUCAGGGUCUGAUGCCCCUCUAAUGUUUCAGAAAAUGACAAUAAAGCCUUUCUAUUAUAUCCUAUUUUAUUCUAUUAAUCACAUCUGAAAGUUAUUAUAACUAUUUGUUAUUGCUACUUCUACUCUUAGUGCUGCUGCAGUUGCUGACAUAUUUGCAAACACAAAAACAGUUGUGUAGGCUGUACAACAUAAACCAGUACUGUGCUGUGUUCUGUAAGCAACAUCUUCUCACAGUGUUAUUAACUAAACAACUCAGCUGCAGUACUUAGUACUUCUAACCAAAGAGAAAUGGGGUAAGACCUAGAAGUUUUAAACAUGGUGUCAGAAAGUUCAGGUGUCCAGGUUAAGGCAAUUGGAAACAUAGCUUAGAACUGUAAGAACUUACUAAAUGUUCUGUUUCAUUUAUGUUUUACUUUGC